UGACGUCAUCCGGCCUUGUCCCGGAAAUAGAGAAACAUCAACAAUCCUCAAGGCUGGGCGAAGUGUCAAGAGUAGCCAAGCAGCGAAGUAGCAAAGCCCAGUCAACGUAAUAGUUAUAAAAACAUAUAUUUUAAUACUGUAUUAGCGCGUAGCAUCACAGCCAUGUCCUUGUUCGGUAAGAUAUUUGGCGGGGGAGGCAAAGGAGGGAAGGGACCGAGCCCACAGGAGGCGAUCCAGAAACUCCGUGAAACCGAGGAAAUGCUAACCAAGAAGCAGGAAUUUUUGGAAAAAAAGAUUGAACAAGAACUGCAAACUGCCAAGAAAAACGGCACGAAAAACAAAAGAGCGGCUCUGCAGGCCUUGAAAAGAAAGAAGCGCUACGAGAAGCAGCUGGGCCAGAUCGAUGGCACGUUGUCCACCAUCGAGUUCCAGAGAGAAGCUCUGGAGAACGCUAACACCAACACUGAAGUGCUGAAGAACAUGGGCUUUGCUGCCAAGGCCAUGAAGUCUGCCCAUGAAAACAUGGACAUUGACAAAGUGGAUGACCUGAUGCAGGACAUAACUGAGCAGCAGGAGUUGGCCCAAGAAAUCUCCGAUGCCAUCUCAAAACCUGUUGGCUUCGGAGAAGAUCUGGAUGAGGAUGAACUUCUUGCCGAGCUGGAGGAGCUGGAACAAGAAGAGCUGGAUAAUACUCUGCUGGAUGUCGGCGCAGAGAACGUCCCCCUUCCCAACGUGCCUUCUACUUCAUUACCUUCCAGACCUGCAACAAAGAAAGAGGACGACGAGGAUGACAUGGGCGACCUGAAGCGCUGGGGGAUGGAAGCCAUAUAAACACAUCACGCAACGCAUCUCGCUUACCUGUAUCACAGACGGAGCUGAAAAGAGGAAGGAAGGCACGGAUGGACUGCAAGGAUGUUAUUUUGUUUGUAUUGGAAGAAAUCACUUGAACUCAAUUUAACACUCGUCCCCUCCCUAAGCCCCCACAAAAAAAGCUGAAAUCUUGUCGUCUUUCCUUACCCGAGUCUUAGAAUUUCCUCCAGUUUUUCACCUACAGGCUUGCCAAUGGUGGCUCUGUCAUAUAGCAAAGUCACUCAUAUUUUAUGAGAACCUGUCACUGAGAGUUCAUUUCAGUGUGACAUUGUGAAAUGACUCGUAUAAGCUGUCUGCAUACUUUUACUUUUCAUUUUCCCAGCUUGCGGAUUGUAAAAGAGAUGUUGCAGGGUGAAGUUAUGAUCUCUUCUCUGUUGAAUUCAAACCCUAGUGUUUCACCCCAAUCUAUGUGCUUUGUCCUAAAACCACCCCUGCCUCCCCUCCUAAAAUAAUAAUAAUAAUACCCACCUGUUCACCACCGAAUGGUUAGUUAUUUUCUGUAAAUAUCCAACACUUGUCUCCUUUUCUACGAUGAAACUUUCUGCCGCCACGAGAAGCUCUGUUUCAGUUAAGUGAAGUAUGCAACAUAAACUGAGAUGUCAGCAAACACAAGCAUGACAAAGAGGAACAAGUUGAGAGCAUUUCAACACUUUCACCCUGAUUCUGGUUUUCUCAAUAUUACGGUCUAUGUUUCAAAAUGUUACGAUGUUAGAAUAAUAUGAAUACCAACUAUUGUCACAUUUCAACUUCAUCCACGAGGGGAUAAAAAGAUUGUCACUCUUUUGCAUCGUUAACACUGGUUACAUUUUGUUUUGAGUUCCAGAGUGUUUUAGAGUUUCAAAUUCAUGGUGUAGAUUUCUUUACAUUGUCAGGAAAAACACAAUGAAAGUACAGAUGGGUAAGCAUGUAUGCAUUUCAAUCUUUUAUUUAUCCAGAUAAGAGUAUUAUUUGCAAAUUCAUUAAAAGAAGACAUUUCUUGUA